ACAUUAUUACCAAAAAUAAAAAUAAAAAGAAAAUAAAAAAUUGUCAUCGCUGAAGCGAUCGUAUGGCUGAGACUGAGAGCCCCCAAAUCCUGUGAAUCGAUCGAGGUUAUCAUCCAAUCCAUUGUAGCUUUAGCUCUCCAAGAAUUAAAGGAACAGUACAGGGUUUCAACUUUUGUCUUACUACCAUCCAAAGCUGGGAGAUGGCAGAAAAAUCAUGUGUCAAGCGCCUUCAGAAAGAAUAUAGAGCACUCUGUAAAGAACCAGUUUCCCAUGUGGUUGCCCGCCCUUCCCCAAAUGAUAUUCUUGAGUGGCAUUAUGUGCUGGAGGGAAGUGAGGGAACACCAUUUGCAGGUGGAUAUUACUAUGGAAAGAUCAAAUUUCCUCCAGAGUAUCCAUAUAAACCUCCAGGAAUCAGCAUGACCACUCCCAAUGGACGGUUUAUGACACAAAAGAAAAUCUGCUUAUCCAUGAGUGAUUUUCAUCCAGAAAGCUGGAACCCAAUGUGGUCUGUAUCAAGCAUACUUACAGGGCUUCUGUCAUUUAUGAUGGACAACAGUCCUACAACAGGCAGUGUUACAACUACUACUAAAGAGAAGCAACGUCUCGCUAAGGCUUCUCUUUCUUUCAAUUGUAAAAACGCAACAUUUAGGAAAAUGUUUCCUGAGUAUGUGGAGAAGUAUAACCAGCAGCUUUCUGAGCAAAGUCUUUCAGAACAAGGGUCACCUGCGCCUUCUCAAGAAGAUUCCAGACGCUUGUUGGAUAAAGUUGGAAAUUCUAUGCGGGAGGACCUGAAAAGAGUAGAAACGCCAAAGGACACAAGAAAAAACAGGAGGCAGUCAUUUCCAACCUGGAUGCUGGUCCUGCUGGUUUCCAUCUUUGGCAUCGUAAUGGCUCUCCCUCUUCUUCAACUUUGAUAUGUAGAAUGGUAAAGGAGACUAGCUUUUGCAGUGUUCAAACACUCCUUUUAAAAUGCUUUUAGGUUUGUCAUAUAUCUAACAGAACUUGUAUAGGGGGGUGAAGGGAGAGAGGGUCAGUUAGAUCUCUUGCCUGAUGUCUCUCCUUCUAUUCUACCGGUGACGCCUUGUUUGUCAUCCUUGAGAUAUUACAUGCUUGUGAUGUCAUCUUUUAUCUAUUUGAGGUUUCUGCUUGGCUCAGUUGA